AACCAGAGGGCAAGAUGGACCAUGCCUCUCCUCCUCGUACUAUAUCUGCUGCAAGGUUCAUCCUCAGCCCCUCCACACAGAGGACCCCAUCUCAGAUGGCCACAGGCUGCCUCUUUCACCUCCAGGAUCCACCUCUGUGCCAUGAAAACACUCACAUCUUCCUCACCCCUUUGCUGGCGAGAGGCACAUUCCUUCUCAGCCACAAAUGCAUUGAAGGGCCCAAGACUGGUGUCUGGAGCGCCUGGAAGAGCUGUCACCAUCCAGUGCCACUAUGCCCCCUUGUCAGUCAACAGGCACCAGAGGAAGUACUGGUGCCGCCUGGGGCCUCCAACGCAGACCUGCUACACCAUUGUGUCCACCAACCAUUACAUUCACCGUGCCUAUCGUGGCCGUGUGGCACUAGCAGACUUCCCACACAGUGGCAGGUUCGAAGUGAGGUUGUCCCAACUGUCCCUGGAUGACGUGGGACUCUAUCGUUGUGGCAUUGGAGUCAGAAAUGACAUGCUGUUCUUCAGCAUGAAUCUGACCAUCUCUGCAGGUCCUUCUGACGUGGUCCCCACAGCCCUUCCAGCUCCUGGUGAACUUGUCACCACAUCCUUUGAGACAGUAUCUCCAGCUGCCAAUAAAUGGACUUCAGGAGCCACCCAGAUUCUAGGACAGGGGUCAGAAUGGGACAGAGCUGCUCCAACUUCUGGAACCAGAAAAAUCACAGCUUCAGCUAAAGAAAGACAAACCCCACUACCAUCCAGAGAAAUAGUUCCAGAGAUGGGCAGCAGGGUGGAGGGUUCCAUCACUACAACAGUCACCAGAGCAGAGAGUCCAGCCUCAAAACUCAGAAGUGUGUCUAGUACAACAGAGGAUGCCUGGGUGUGGGGCACCCGGAGGUCAGUAACUCAUAGAGCCAGGGUUAGUGAGGAUGAGAGGAAGAUGACAACCACCCAGGGCAAUUGGCCAGGGGAGGAAACAGAGAGGGUCAGGAUAGCUCUGGAUGCAGCCAGAAAGACAAUAAGAACAAUUAAGCCUUCAGUUGGGGUCUCAGAACAAGCAGCCUGGGAAGCCACAGUGGUUUCUCAGCAACGAGUCUCGGGCUCCACGGAGGGAUCAAUCCUAGCUCCAGGCAUGUGGACCUUUAAAACCCUUGACAUAGAGGUGGCAUCUCUGGAAGGAAGCACUGACAGGGACCUAGAAAGCACUGUUGGAGACAGUGGUCAACAAGGAGACAAUGAUCCCCAAGCAACUCCAGGCCAGGACCUGGCAGCAGGUCCUCCAAGGCCCCUUGGCAAGGGGUCUUCCAUGAAGAGUGCCUUUCCAGAAGAGGAAAGCAGCUCUCAGAUCCUCACUCCAGUCUCCACCGCGCUGGCCUUGGUGCUGCUUGUGGCUCUGGUUCUGUUGCAAAGGAAGUUCCAGAGGAAAAGAACCUCACAAGAAGUUGAAAGGACAUCAAGAGUCACUCUGAUUCAGAUGACACAUUUCCUGGAGUUGGACCCCCAACCAGACCAGCUAUCCCAUGUGGACAAGAAAAUUCUGCAGGGUGACUCUCCUCCUACCCAAGCCACCCUGACACCCUGA